GAAUUCACCCCAGAGGAGUGGGUACAAUUGAACCCAUCUCAGAAAAAGUUGUACAGGGAUGUGAUGCUGGAGAACUAUAGGAACUUGGUCUUUUUGGAGAGCAGAAAAUUUACUGGAGAUAAACUUCUUGAAUAUGAUGAAUAUGGGAAGGCCUUCAGGAGCAAGGAGCACCUUUUUGUGUGUCAGAAAAUUCAUACUGGAGAGACACUUUGCCAAUGUAGUGAAUGUAAGAAGGCCUUCAGGGAUGAGAUACAGCUUACAGUGCAUCGCAGAAUUCAUACUGGAGAGAAACCUUAUGAAUGUAGUGAAUGUGGAAAGGCCUUCAGGAACAAGAAGUACCUUGCUCGACAUCAGAUAAUUCAUACUGAAAAGAAUCCUUAUGAGUGUAGUGAUUGUGGGAAGGCCUGUAGGGAUAAGACACAACUUACACUGCAUCACAGAAUUCACACUGGAGAGAAACCUUAUGAAUGUAGUGAAUGUGGGAAGGCCUUCAGAAGUAAGACACAACUUACUGUGCACUGGAGAGUUCAUACUGGUGAGAAACCAUACGAAUGUAGUGCAUGUGGAAAAGCAUUCAGAUAUACGACACAACUUACAAUGCAUCACAGGAUUCACACUGAAGAGAAUCCUUAUGAAUGUACUGAAUGUGGGAAGGUCUUCAGGAAUACUUCAGGACUAAGAGUGCAUCACAAAAUUCAUACUGGAAACAUUCCUUAUGAAUGUAAGGAGUGUGGGAAGGCUUUUCUUUUCAAGUCAAAACUUAUUCGACAUCAAAGAAUUCAUACUGGAGAGAAAGCUUGUGAAUGUAGUAAAUGUAUGAAGACCUUCAGGGGAAAGAAGGCACUUGCUCUGCAUCAGAGAAUUCAUACUGGAGAGAAACCUUAUGAAUGUAGUGAAUGUGGAAAGGCCUUCAAAUAUAAGAUACAACUUACAGUACAUCAGAAAAUUCAUACUGGAGAGAAACCUUAUGAAUGUAGUGAAUGUGGAAAGGCCUUCAGGGAUAAGACACAACUUAAAGUGCAUCACAGAAUUCAUACUGGCGAGAAACCUUAUGAAUGUAGUAAAUGUGGGAAGGCCUUCAGGUAUAAGACAAAACUUACAGUGCAUUACAGAAUUCAUACUGGAGAGAAACCUUAUGAAUGUAGUGAAUGUGGAAAGGCCUUCAGGACUAACUUUGAACUUAAAGUCCAUCAGAGAAUUCAUACUAGAGAUUUUCUUUAUGAAUGUGAUCAAUGUGGAAAGGCCUUCAAGACUAACUCACAACUUAAAGUGCAUCAGAGAAUUCAUACUGGAGAAAAACCUUAUGAAUGUAGGAAAUGUGGAAAGGCCUUCGGGAGGAAGGACUAUCUUAGUAAUCAUCAGAGAAUUCAUAUUUGAGAGUUGUCUUAUGAAUAUAAGGAGUGUGAGAAGGGUUUCCACUAUGACAUAGAUCUUACUCUACAUCAAAAAAUUCAUACUGGAGAGAAACUUUAUUAAUGUAAUGAAUGUGGAAAGGCCUACAAGAGGAAGAAAUAUCUUACUGUACACCAGAGAAUUCAUACUCAAAACAUCCUUAAUAAAUGUAAGGAGUGUGGGAAGGCUUUCCCCUAUAACUCAGAUCUUAUUUGACAUGAAAAAAAUCAUGCUGAAGAGAAACUUUAUGGAUGUCAUGAAUGUGGGAAGACCUUCAGAGUGAGGAUCCAAUUUACUCAACACCAAAGAAUUCAUUCAGGAAAGGAAUCUUAAGAGUGCAGUGCAUGUAGGUUGGCCUUUAGAUGGAGAAUAUUACUUUUUAUCCAUCAGAGAAUUCAUCCUGGGGAGACUGGUAAAGAGUCUGGGAAGACCUUCCAUUGCAAUUUGGAUCUAAUUAGACAUCAAAAAUUCAUGUUGAAGAAAAACCUUAUGUAUGUAGUGAAUAUGGGAAGGCCUUCAACAAGACGCCUCAUGUUACUGUUUAUCAGAGAAUGCAUACUGGAGAAAUUCUUUAUGAAUGUGAGUAGCGUGGGAAGGCCUUCUGUCACAAAUUAGAUCUUUCUCAACUUUAAAUAACUCAUGGCUUCUGAAUGUAACGUACAAGGGAAAGCCUUCCACCUGAAUGUAUCUUUUCCUCAACAUCAGAGCAUUCAUACUGGAGAGAGACCUUAGGAAUGCAUUGAUUGUGGUAAGAUCUUCAGCCUGAAGACGCAACUUACUCAACAUCAAAGAACUAUUUCUAGAGAGAAACUUUGUGAGUUUGGGUAAGACUUUAGACUAAGGAUGCUACUUUAUGUCCAUCAGAGAAUUGAUACUAGAGUGAUUUUCCUGAUUAUAAGGAGUGUGGGAAGAUUCCCCCAGCUGACUAAACUGUGAUUCUGAGUCUCUAGAUGCAGUUCACAGAGUCCUUAUUUAGGCACCAUGGGUAGAAGAUAUUCCUCCCCUCUAAGAAGCCCUGUAAAGGGGCAGAGAUUCAGUGUUAUCUUCCCAUGGGCCUUCAGGGGGAGGGAGAGGUUACUGAGUGGAUGGUGGUUUUGGGAGAUCCUUAGUAUUAACUUUGGUUCCUCGGAUUAUGGCAUGCAAGAAGCUGGGGGAUGACCUCUUGGCCAUCAGAUGAGCCUGAGCCUAAUGUGUGAUGAAUAAUUGUUGAUGGUACUUGAGAAAUAUAUCAUAAUCUGAGCUGUGUUCCUCAUGUGGCUGCUACUGCUUCUGCUUCUCUUCGUUUGGGUAGCCACUGUGGACCAUAAAGAUUUGGAAUCACCUUAUUUAAAACAAAGCCUCAUUAGGGCCUGUGGCAGAUGUUAAUGCAAUGUGAUUUCUGUCCUGUGCUCUGAACUUCAAAGAGAAGAAUGUGCAGGUAAACAGCACGAUUAUCAGUGACCUUCUCCUGGUAGCCAAAUGCCUUGUCAUCUAAUUAGUGACACACAUGAAAAGAUGAAUAAGAUUCCCAUUAUGGUUUAGGAAUAGAAACAGUUUUCAAUGAAGAAAUCAAAGUAAUCAAUAAUAAUGAAAGAAUGCCCUAAAUCACUUUUAACUAGAGAAAUGCAAAUGAAAAGAACUUUGAAGCAACAUGUCACACUACCUCAGAUUGGCCAGCGUGACAAAAAAGGGAAAUGACAAAUUCAGGAGGGGAUGUGGAAAAAUAGGGACAU